GCGGACACUUCUGCGAGGGGGACACGGAGUGGAUUUCGUCUGCGGGGAAGUUAGGGCAACAGAGAGGAGUGCAAACCCACUGACGCUGCUGAGCCCACUGAAAGGCCCCCGACGCCGCUCCACCUCCUCCUCCGCGCUUCUCUCAGGACUUCUCCAGGAAUCAUCAUCAGGCUGCCAGGACAGACUGACUGUCCGACACACUGUAGAGGCUGCUAUGUCUUGCUGAACUAACCACUCCUCUUGCAAAAUUCCCCAAAACAGAGAUUGUGUGUGCGUGAGAGAGAACAAGUGAGAGAGGAUAAAAGAGAGAGUGUGAUAGAGAGAGCCCAGACUGACGCUUCCAGCAGCAGCUAUGGCCCAAGAGAGCGCUGAGCUGUCCCACUGCUAGGCGAGGGGGCGUCCGAGAGGGCUGGAGACAUGUUGGGACAGAGGCCCGGGGACCACUGCACUGAAUCUUGUUACUAUAGCAACUACUGUAGUAACCAUGGAAACGCUAUGGAGGACCCUGGCCUGCACUGUCAUAGUCGCCAUGGUUGCCACCGAGGUCGCAGGAGGUCGCAGAGAUGAGGAGUCACAAGCUGCGUUCCUGUCCAGUCUAGGCCAGUAUGAGAUCGCCAUCCCAGUACGUGUAGGACCAGAUGGGGAGACCCUGGACACAGAAGAGCCUCCCCGCCACCAACGAAGGCGACGCAGCACUGAGGACAAGCCACCAGACACUCUCUUCUACCAGCUGUCCACACCACGUACCAACUUCCUGCUGAACCUGACGCUGCAGGGGGGGCUGCUGUCCCAGCAGUUCAGGGUGGAGUAUUGGAGGAGAGGCCGUUUAGCCUGGAGUCACCCCUACUCCCCCCACUGCCACUAUGUAGGACACGUCCAAGACCAGCUGCACUCCAGCAAAGUGGCCCUCAGCAACUGUAAUGGGCUGCAGGGGGUGAUUGUUGCAGGGGGAGAGGAGUACCUCAUUGAACCCCUGGUUUCACCGGAGAACGAGACCAAGACGGAGAGAGGGGAGAGGGCAGAGGGGCGCCCCCAUGUGGUUUACAAGCGGUCAUCACUCCGCCACCAGUACAUGGACCAGUCCUGUGGAGUCAUUGACGAGAAGCCGGGGAAGGGUGCGUCGUGGUGGCAGCGGACUCUGAAGACGCCCCCGCAUCACGUUGGUCGCGGCCAGCUGCCUCUGAAGCGUUCGGUCAGCCGGGAGCGCUACGUGGAGACACUGGUGGUAGCCGACAAGAUGAUGGUGGGUUACCAUGGUCGCAGAGACAUCGAGCAGUACAUCCUGGCUGUCAUGAAUAUUGUUGCCAAACUGUUCCAGGAUUCUAGCCUGGGGAAUGCAGUCAACAUUGUGGUGACACGGCUCAUCCUGCUUAUGGAAGACCAGCCAACACUAGAGAUCAACCACCAUGCCGGGAAGUCUUUGGACAGCUUCUGCAAGUGGCAGAAAUCCAUCCAGCACCGGAGCAGCUAUGGGAACGCCAUACCAGACAACGGGAUCGCUCACCAUGACACCGCCGUGCUCAUCACCAGGUACGACAUUUGCAUCUAUAAGAACAAGCCCUGUGGAACGCUAGGUUUGGCUCCUGUAGGAGGGAUGUGUGAGCCAGAGAGGAGUUGCAGCAUCAACGAGGACAUCGGCCUGGCAACGGCUUUCACUAUCGCCCAUGAGAUAGGACACACGUUUGGGAUGAACCAUGACGGUGUUGGGAAUGCCUGUGGCUCCCGCAGCCAGGAGACUGCCAAGCUGAUGGCUGCCCACAUCACCAUGAAGACCAACCCUUUUGUCUGGUCUGCCUGCAGCCGCGAUUACAUCACCAACUUCCUGGAUUCAGGUAUGGGCUCCUGUUUGAACAACAUCCCCCCCAAGCAGGAGUUUGUGUACCCCACCACAGCCCCAGGACAGGCCUACGACGCAGACGAACAGUGCCGCUUCCAGUACGGCGUCAAAUCACGACAGUGCAAAUAUGGGGAAGUCUGCAGUGAACUGUGGUGCAUGAGCAAGAGUAACCGUUGCAUCACCAGCAGCAUUCCCGCCGCGGAGGGAACCAUCUGCCAGACCAACACCAUAGAGAAAGGGUGGUGUUACAAGAGGGUGUGUGUGGCGUACGGGACGCGUCCUGAGGGUGUGGACGGCGGCUGGGGUCUGUGGUCGCCCUGGGAGGAGUGCAGCCGUACGUGUGGAGGCGGAGUCUCCUCCUCUGUCAGACACUGUGACAGCCCAAGGCCAACCAUUGGUGGAAAGUAUUGUCUCGGGGAGAGAAAGCGCUUCAGAUCCUGCAAUAUCGAUGAGUGCCCUGCAGGCUCACAGGAUUUCCGGGAGAUUCAGUGCUCCGACUUCGACAGCGUUCCUUUCCGGGGAAAAUUUUACACCUGGAAGCCGUACAGAGGGGGUGGGGUGAAGUCCUGCUCUCUCAACUGCCUGGCAGAAGGAUACAACUUCUACACAGAGCGCGCUCCAGCGGUGGUGGAUGGCACGCCUUGCCGAGAUGACUCUCUGGAUGUGUGUGUAAAUGGAGAGUGUAAGCACGUGGGCUGCGAUCGCAUCCUCGGCUCGGACGUGCGCGAGGACCGCUGCCGGAUCUGCGGGGGUGACGGGAGCAGCUGUGAGGCCAUCGAGGGAGUCUUCAACGACUCACUGCCUGAAGGAGGUUAUGAGGAGGUGGUCAGAAUCCCAAAAGGAUCCGUGUUCAUCCACAUUCAAGAGCUCAAUGUCUCCCUCAACUACCUGGUGCUGAAGAGUAAAGGUGACCAGUUCUUUAUCAAUGGGAAGCUGACCAUCGACACACCCCGCAGGUUCGACGUGGCCGGGACCACCUUCCACUACCGACGGCCCACAGAUGGACCCGAAACCCUCGAGGCUCUGGGGCCCACAAACAUGACCCUCAUUGUCAUGGUCCUGGUCAGGGAGGAAAACCCAGGGAUCCACUAUCGUUUCAACCCACCAGUCAACAGGGAUCCUCUGAGCGGCUUUGCCUGGCACUACACCUCUUGGUCCCGCUGCUCAUCUCUCUGUGCUGGAGGUGUGCAGAUCCAGCAGGUGGUGUGUAAGAAGCAGGCAGACCAUUCAGUCGUCUACAACCACUUCUGCGACAAGAAGAGCAAACCCAAAGAGAAGAGAAGAGCCUGCAAUUCUGAGCCGUGCUCCCCAACCUGGUGGACAGGCGAGUGGUCGGAGUGCAGCCGCAGCUGCAAUGGCGGCCUGCGCACACGGGAGGUUUUAUGCAAAAGGAGGAUCUCGGCCACAGAGGAGAAGAUCCAAGACGACUCGGCCUGUAGCCCCCCGCGACCUCCCCUCACUGAGCCCUGCAGCAACCACACCUGCCCCCCCGAAUGGCUGGCCCUGGACUGGUCAGAGUGCACCCCCAGCUGUGGCCCGGGCUACAGGCACCGUGUGAUCCUGUGUAAGAGCGGGGAGAGCGGUGACACGCUGCCAGAGUCUGAGUGCCCCAAGCAUGGCCGGCCCACCUCUAGGGUGCGCUGUAACCUGCAGCGCUGCCCGCCCCCUCAGUGGGUGACAGGUCCCUGGGGAGAGUGCUCUGCCCGCUGUGGUCUGGGACAGGAGAUGCGAUCUGUGCAGUGUCUGACGCACACCGGCCAGCCGUCCAAUGAGUGUCUGGAACAUCAGCGGCCAGCGGCCAUGCAGCAGUGCAAGAGCAAAUGUGACCUCAGUCUGCCCGUCAGUACAGACAACCCUGAAGAGUGUAAAGAUGUGAACACUGUGGCCUACUGCCCCCUGGUGCUCAGGUUCAAGUUCUGCAGCCGACCUUACUUCAGACAGAUGUGCUGCAAGACCUGCCAGGGACACUGACCUGGUGACCCAGAAACUCACAGCCUCCCCGCUCGGGUCCCACACCCACACCGACCCCCCCAAAACCCUCCCACUGAGCCUCGAACCAGCAGCCCCUUACACUGCUUCCAGCAGAGGUUGUUGUAAGGCCCAUCUGGGACACUACACCCCGUCCCAUAACGGCCCUAAAUCCAGCCCAGCCCAGAUGUCUCUCCAAGCCCAGAACCAAGGCUGCGCUGGGCCAAAACAGCUUCAGCUGAGUUACACAUUCCUCAGGAGGGAGGGCUGCUGCUGACACACGGAGAGAGAGAGAGAGACACAGAGAAAGAGAAAGAGAAGGAAUGUUUUUUAAUCCUCCUCUGUUAGGGCGAACCGAUAAUCUGCAUCUCUCUCCCUCUGGUCUUCUCUCUCUGUCUCUCUCUCCCGCCCCUCUCCAUUCUCUCUCUCUCUCUGUCAUAAACUCUCCCUCUGAUGUAAUAUUUUGGUGCUACUACAUUUUAUAAUGGCUGCAGGACUGGUCGCAGUACUCUGUUCAUUUGAGUUCCACUUGUAGUCUUGUUGCUUGAGUGGCCCCAAAGGUUAGCCUGGUUUUUCAAGCCU